UCUCUUAAAGGCGCAGGCACAGUUAGUGCCGGGCAGGCGGGUCCUCGUUGGCGCCUCAAGUCACACAGCACCCCGCGGUUGAAUCAGUCGUGUCGGCUUUCCGCUUCCCACCAGGCGGAAGAUUUCAGCAGAUAACCAUCAUGGCCGCUUCAGAGGGGGGGAAACUCUGGGGAGGUCGUUUCGUGGGAGACACCGACCCCGUCAUGGAGAAGUUCAACGCGUCCAUCGCUUAUGACCAGAGGAUGUGGGAUGCUGACAUCCGAGGGAGCAAGGCGUAUGUGAAAGCUCUGGAGAAGGCGAAGCUGGUCACCACGGAGGAGAUGACCGCGAUUUCACAAGGCCUGGAUCAGGUUUCUGAUGAGUGGUCCAGAGGUGUUUUCAUGAUCAAACCUGGAGAUGAAGACAUUCAUACGGCCAACGAGCGCAGGCUAAAGGAGCUGAUCGGUGCCCCUGCAGGGAAGCUGCACACCGGCCGGAGCAGAAACGACCAGGUCGUGACUGACAUGAGGCUUUGGCUGCGAAACGCAAUCUCCACCCUGACGGAGAACGCCCUGCAGCUGAUAUCCACCCUGGUGGAGCGGGCGGCAGCUUGCCCUUUGGUGUCUUCUGUCACCUGUUUCUUUCUCAGAGAAAUUGAUGUCCUGUUUCCUGGUUACACCCACAUGCAGAGAGCUCAGCCAAUCAGGUGGAGCCACUGGAUUCUAAGUCAUGCUGUUGCCCUGAGCAGAGACGUGGAUCAGCUUCAGGAGAUCAAGAAAAGAGUUGAUGUUUUACCCCUCGGCAGUGGUGCGAUCGCAGGGACACCGUUUGACAUCGACAGGGAACUGCUGCGCAAAGAGUUGGAUUUUAACGGCAUCAGUCUGAACAGCAUGGACGCCACCGGCCAGAGGGACUUUGUUGUGGAGUUCUUGUUCUGGGCUUCGUUGUGUUUGACCCACCUCAGUAAGAUGGCUGAGGACCUGAUGCUGUACAGCACCAAAGAGUUCUCCUUCAUCGCUCUCUCUGACGCCUACAGCACCGGCAGCAGCCUGAUGCCUCAGAAGAAGAACGCGGACAGUCUGGAGCUGAUCAGGAGUAAAGCAGGUCGUGUCUUUGGCAGAUGUGCAGGCUUCAUGAUGACACUGAAGGGCCUGCCCAGCACCUACAACAAAGACCUGCAGGAGGAUAAGGAGGCCAUGUUUGACUGCUAUGAUACUGUUCUGGCUGUGCUGCAGGUGACAACUGGAGUCAUGUCAACUCUCAAGAUUAACCAGAGUGUGAUGGAAGCGGCUCUCAGUCCCGACAUGCUGGCUACAGACUUGGCCUACUACCUCGUGAGGAAGGGGAUGCCGUUCAGAGAGGCUCAUGGUAUGUCUGGUAAAGCUGUGUUCAUUGCUGAAUCCAGAAAUCUGGCCCUGAAUCAGCUCACUGUGGAAGACCUGAGUGCUAUUAGUCCUCUGUUCGGAGGUGACGUGUCCUCAGUGUGGGACUACAGCAGCAGCGUGGAGCAGUACAGCGCUCCUGGAGGAACGGCCAAGAGCAGCGUCGCUGCGCAGGUGGAGCACCUGAGGACCUGGCUGAAGGCGCAGGCUCAGUGACCUCCGCUGAACUUAACCUCAACUGUUUUUGAAUCAAGUUUGCUGCUAGAAUUUAGAUUUUAGGUCAAAGUGACUUGAGAACCAUGUUGCCUUUUCACAAUUUCCCACCUCUUCUUUUUUAAGCACCUAUGACUUGUUGGUAUGUAAACAAAAGAUGUUUCAACUGAUCGUGUAUCGACUGCAACGUUACAAACGACCCGUAAGAAGGUGACAAGAUAAAUAAAUGUUACUGAAACUGUCUGCAGCCUUAGCCAUUAAAGGGGAGUUCUGGUGUU